CAAAAAUGUCAUGCCGUUUUCAAGUGUCUCAAAACUCACUUAUGGACAACAUAGCAUCUAAAGUAAGCAAUGUGAGUCAUCUAAGACAGCUCCAUGCGCAUCUCAUUAGAAACUCCCUCCACAUCUAUAACCAUUGGCUGGCUCUCCUCCUCUCUCAUUGCACGCGCCACCGUGCGCCACUUCCCUACACCCGUCUCGUUUUUGACUCAGCUUCUAACCCGGACAUUCAUGUCUUUACUUCCAUGCUCAAGUAUUAUACCCAUUUGGGCACUGCAAAUGUUAAGGAAGUGGUCUCCCUCUAUCAGAAAAUGCAAGCUUGCGAUGUAAAGCUUGAAACUUUUGUGUACCCAGUUUUGAUAAAGUCCGUUGGUAAAGCCGGCAUUGUAUUUCAUGCCCAUGUUGUGAAAGUGGGGAAUGAUCAUUAUCACUUUGUUCGCAAUGCAAUCAUGGGAAUGUACGCUAAAUAUGGUCCGGUUAAGUAUGCCAGGGAAAUGUUUGAUGAAAUGCGUGAUAGAACUGUGGCUGAUUGGAACACCAUGAUUUCUGGGUACUGGAGGUUAGGGAAUGAAGGAGAAGUGCUUAGAUUGUUUGACAGGAUGCCUGAGAGGAAUGUUGUAACUUGGACUGCUAUGCUUACUGGGUAUGCUAAAACGAAGGAUUUGGAGAAAGCAAGGGAUUAUUUUGAUCGCAUGCCGGAGAAAAAUGUUGUUUCAUGGAAUGCAAUGAUUUCAGGUUAUGCUCAGAAUGGGAUUGCAGAUGAGACUUUUAGACUGUUUGACAAGAUGAUAAAUUCUGGGGUUCAACCCAAUGAAACUACAUGGAUGAUUAUCAUUUCUUCAUGUUCCUCGCGUGGUGAUCCUGUCCUUGCUGAUUUGCUCAUUAGGAAACUCAACCAGAGGCAGGUCCAUUUAAGUUCCUUUGCUAAGACAGCACUGGUUGAUAUGUACGCAAAAUGUGGAAACCUCAGGACAGCCAGGAAAGUUUUUGAUGAAUUGGGAAUCUGUAGGAACUCUGUAACAUGGAAUGCAAUGAUUUCAGCAUAUGCAAGAGUUGGAGAUCUAAGUUCGGCUAGAGAGGUCUUUGAUAAGAUGCCAGAAAGAGAUGUUGUCUCCUGGAAUUCAAUGAUUGCUGGUUAUGCUCAAAAUGGGGAGUCAGACAUGGCAAUUGAGCUCUUCAAAGAUAUGAUUAAUACUGAAAAUUUGAAACCAGAUGAGGUGACUAUGGUGAGUGUUAUAUCAGCCUGUGGACAUCUUGGGGGUCUAGAAUUGGGUAAUUGGGUUUUAAACAUUCUGGAAGAAAAGCAUAUCAAGCUGAGCAUAUCAGGAUACAAUUCAUUGAUUUUCAUGUAUUCUAAAUGUGGGAGCAUGGGUGAUGCCAAGAGUGUGUUCCAAGAAAUGGCAGAAAGAGAUUUGGUUUCAUACAAUACAUUAGUUGCAGGGUUUGCAGCUCAUGGUCAUGGAAUAGAAGCAGUCAAACUGCUAUCAAAAAUGAAAGAAGAGGGCAUUGAACCAGACCGGGUCACAUAUAUUAGCGUCUUGACAGCAUGUAGCCAUGGAGGAUUAUGGGAAGAAGGUCGUAAUGUGUUUAAUUCAAUCAAAGAUCCUGAUGUUGAUCAUUAUGCAUGCCUGGUUGAUUUGUUAGGUCGGGUGGGUGAUCUAGAUGAGGCAAAAGAAUUGAUUGAAAGCAUGCCAAAAGAACCACAUGCAGGAGUUUAUGGCUCUCUUCUAAAUGCUAGCCGCAUUCACAGAAGAAUUGAUCUUGGAGAGCUUGCAGCAAACAAGCUCUUUGAACUUGAACCACAAAAUUCAGGAAAUUACAUCUUGCUAUCCAACUUAUAUGCCUCAAGGGGCAGGUGGGAAGAUGUCGAUAGAGUUAGAGAGCAAAUGAAAAAAGUGGGAUUGAAGAAGGGAACUGGUUGGAGUUGGGUGGAAUUUAAAGGUAAAAUGCAUAAAUUCAUUGCUGGAGAUGUAUCCCAUGAGCAAUCAGAUGAUAUCUAUAAGCUUCUAGCAAAACUAAGGAGUAAGAUGACGGAUGCCGGAUACACGACUGACAAUAGCUGUGUGCUAAAAGAUGUUGAGGAGGAGGAAAAGGAAGAGAUGUUGGGCACUCACAGUGAAAAGUUGGCAGUUUGUUUUGCCAUUCUUUUCAGUGAAGCAGGAGCAGUAAUUAGGGUGGUGAAGAACCUUAGAAUGUGCUGGGAUUGUCAUACUGCUUUUAAGAUCAUUUCUACGUUGGAAGAAAGGACAAUAAUGGUGAGGGAUAAUAAUAGGUUUCACCAUUUCAGUAAUGGGCUAUGUUCUUGUAAAGAUUAUUGGUAAUGUGAGAUAAAUCUGCUAUUAUCAUGGGGAUACUUAGGAUUAAAUGCAAAAUUCAGUAAUGCUUUCUGAGCUUGCCAGCCAGAUUAAUCAA